CCACCCUUGUCAGCAGGAAUUGUGAUAUAAGGCAUGAGUUUUGACAGACACACAGAUCCUAUCAAAAUGUCCAAGGGGCUUCUCCUCCUCUGGCUGGUGAUGGAGUUCUGGUGGCUUUCUCUGACACCAGCUGCCUCAGAGGAUACAAUAAUAGGGUUUUUGGGCCAGUCGGUGACUUUGCCUUGUCAUUACCUAUCCUGGUCCGAGAGUCACAACAGCAUGUGCUGGGGCAAAGGUAAAUGUCCCAAUUCCAAGUGCAACGAGGCGCUUCUCCAUACAGACGGAACAACCAUCAUCUCCAGGAAGUCAAUAAAAUAUACACUUUUGGGGAAUAUCCAUUCUGGUGAUGUGUCCUUGACCAUCUCAAACACCAAUCAAGGUGACAGUGGGGUGUACUGCUGCCGUAUAGAGGUGCCUGGCUGGUUCAAUGAUGUCAAGAAGAAUGUGCGCCUGGAGCUGAGGAGAGCCACAACAACGAAAAGACCAACAACAACCACCCGGCCAACCACCACCCCUUACGUGACCACCACCCCAGAGCUGCUUCCAACAACAGUCAUGACCACACCUGUUCCCACAACUAUUGCACCACCCCAGACACAGGCCAACACUGCCUUCAGUACAGCAAUGACCACGUACCCCUCAACAACACCUGGCUCCUUCUCACAAGAAACCACAAAUUUUCCAACCACUGAGAUCUUCACAAAAGAGUCCACCAUCACCGCAGAAUCAGAAACUCCAUCUGCAUCCAAUCACUCUCAAAGAAGUAUGGUGAUAUCUACAGACGUAGCCUUACUCAGACCCACGGGGUCCAAGACUUUGAUUCUCCCAUCAACUUCACAGCUGACAACACCUAAAUUAACAACAUUAAAGACGAGAGAAGUUCCACAGAAGGCAUCUAAAUCACAUCAGAGCGACAACAUCUUGAUCAUUGCCUGCUGUGUGGGCUUUGUGCUGAUGGUGUUAUUGUUUCUGGCGUUUCUCCUUCGAGGAAAAGUCACGGAAGCCAAUUGUUUGCAGAGACACAAGAGGCCAGACAACACUGAAGAUAGUGAGAGUGUCCUCAAUGACAUGUCACAUAGGAGGGAUGAUGAAGACAGAAUUUUCUCGCUCUGACUCACCAAUAUUGUAAUUUUUUUUUAAAGUCUCACUCUGUUUACUGACGCUGUGGGUCCUGUCUUGUAUCUUCCCACAUGAAGGUGCUUUAGAGAUACAUCUUCCCUGCCUAGUGCUUUAGUCAUCUCUGUAGUUUUGUUGGCUAGGUGACUUUUCACACUGGGCUUGAACACUGUCAGUGAUGGUGAACUCAUUGCCACAGCCUUGGGAGUCUCUUUCAGUCUCCCAGCAGUAGAGGGAGUUAGAAAUAGCCAAUGAAAAAACAUCUCUCUUUUCAGACAGUAUUUGCUUUGUUGGUGGUAGCUGAACUUCAUUUACACAGAGCUUGUUUAAUGUCUGUCUUCUUCUUGGUAUCUAAGCUGCCUUUUUUUGUUGUUGUUGUUGUUGUUGUUGUUACGAUAUUAACUUCUCUUCAUAUUCGAGUGUCUUCAAAGUUGCCCAUAGUGCCUUCUAAACUCUUGUCAGAGAGUUUGGGUUUUGGAAGCAGCCAGGUACCCAUCAAAGCAAGGGUGCCAAUGACAAGGAAUGUGUACAAAUGAAACACUGAAGCUAUCUAAAUAAAUUCCUCUAAGUGUAACUCAUUUUACUUCAGCGCAGGAAGAACAAAUUUGUUUUAAAACUUUAAUAAUUACUAGCACGAUGAACCCUCAGAGAGAAAUAAGAACAAAUAGCUGUUGAAUAAAUGAAUGUAAGAAAACAUAUGUCUGAGCAAGGAUACUCUGUCUGGCUACUAUGGGAAGCUAGCUAGAUCUGGCAGACAUUCUCAGACUAUCCUCAUGCUCAGGGCAACAGUAUCAUUAAAGGAAUAAGCCUCCUGUCCUAUAGCUAACUCACUUUUGCAUUUCUACUCUCUUAACAGUACCUUUAAGAGGCAAACAGAGACUGUGAGAUGGAUCAGCUAGAAAAAGGAGCUUGCUACCAAGCUUGAUGACUUUAAGUUUAAUCUCUAGGACUCCCAUAGUAGAAGGAGAGGUCCUAUUCUUACAAGUUGUCCACAUACAUGUCAUAGCAUGUACCAUCCCAUAUUAUAUACAUGUACAUACACACAUAAUAAAACACAAAAAAACAAACAAAAUUGUCCUCAUGGUACAGCCUACAGAUCUAUUACUCUGUUAGUUGACAUGGCAUCAGGAAGAACCUACUCCUAAU